AUGGAUGACACUCCUGUCAACCCGCUUGGGGCUUCCGACAAUGCUCAGCCCCUGACUGGUGCCGAGGGGGUCGCUGACCUUACGCGCGCCUCCAGCCACGCCUCAGAAGCGCAAUCUCCAGAGAAGAAGAUCGAGCCCUCGACUGAACCGGACAAUCCUCUCGACGCCCCGGCAUCCCCCAAGCCCCAGAAUGGCGAUGCUGAAGACGAGGAGAUGGGCGGCACGGAGACGGAUGCCAAGCGCGAUACCGAAGGCCUGGAAGAUGCGGCAGGAGAAUCGCAGCCACCUGCCGAUGCAGACGCGGAUGCAGUGGGCGAGGAACAGCCGGUGCAGUCCAAAUCCGCGCUGGAAGCCUCCGCCCGGUCUCAGCUAGUCGCGCAAACACACGCCAUCAUCCUACCUAGCUACUCGACAUGGUUCGAUAUGCACACUGUGCACGCGAUUGAGAAGAAGGCCCUCGCUGAGUUUUUCAAUGGUCGCAACCGCAGCAAGACCCCUGCCAUCUACAAAGACUACCGUGAUUUCAUGAUCAACACUUAUCGCCUAAACCCCAUCGAGUAUCUGACUGUGACCGCGUGUCGUCGUAACCUUGCUGGAGAUGUGUGCGCAAUCAUGCGCGUUCACUCGUUCCUUGAACAGUGGGGUCUAAUCAACUACCAGGUCGACCCGCAGACGCGGCCCUCCAACAUCGGCCCGCCAUUCACUGGUCACUUCCGAGUCAUCGCCGACACCCCACGGGGUCUACAGCCGUUCCAGCCCGGACCGAACCACACCGUCACUGCUGGCAAGUCUCUUCCUGCCACCGAUCGAGCGGCGUCAGCUACCCCUGCCACGAAGUCCGAGCUCAACCUCGAAGUCCGCCGUAAUGUCUAUGACGAUAAAGGACAGGCGAUCACUCCUGGCGACGACAAGGAGAAACAGACUAACGGUGAAGUGAACGGAGCUUCUGCCCAGGACCUUGAGAACGCUGCCCAGGAGCCCAAAAAGAAGUCUCACUGCUUCUCUUGCGGUAUCGAUUGCACCCGUCUCCGGUUCCAUUAUGCCAAGUCGGCCCCGGCAUCAGGCAAUGCCAACCUGCCCGACACAAAAUACGAUUUGUGCCCUAACUGUUUCCUUCAAGGCAGAAUGCCUUCCAGCCACAAUGCCUCGGACUUUGUCAAGCUUGAGGACAAAUCCCACACCCAUGUGCCUGAUAAGGACACUCCGUGGUCGGAUUCAGAGCUUGUCUUAUUGCUGGAGGGUCUGGAGAACUUUGAUGACAACUGGGAGCAGAUCGCUAGCCAUGUCGGCACUCGCACCAGAGAAGAAUGCGUGAUGAAGUUUUUGCAGUUGGAGAUUGAGGACAAAUACCUCGAAGACCUUCCUGACAUGCGUGCCACGAGUGGACGCGAUCCCAUCAGCCAGGCCGAGAACCCGGUCUUGUCUGUGGUGGCUUUCCUAGCCCAGAUGGCUGAGCCCACCGUGGCCGCUGCCGCUGCCGGACGAUCUGUAGAGGAGAUCCGCAAAGAGUUGCGGAAGCAACUUGAGAAGGGCCAGGACAAGGGCAAGGAAAGGGAAGGCGAGACGGUCAAGGCCGAGGACUCCAUGGAUGUGGACGUUGUGCGCGAGGCCGAAACUGCCGACAAGUCGAAACAGUCGCUCAGCACCGUCGCACUUGCCGCUUCUGCCGCGCGUGCUGGCGCGCUCGCCUCACACGAGGAGCGAGAGAUGACCCGGCUGGUUUCCGCCGCGGUCAAUGUCACCCUGCAGAAGUUCGAGAUCAAGCUUCAACAGUUUAACGAGAUGGAGGAGAUUAUCGAGGCUGAGCGCCGGGAACUCGAGCAGGCACGCCAGCAGCUCUUCUUGGACCGGAUGACCUUCAAGAAGCGCGUCAAGGAGGCCCAGGAUGCUCUGCAAGCCGUUAGCUUGCAGGGUCCCAAUGAGAACACCAAUGCGCUGCUUGCAAACGCCGCCACCGCAGGCAUUGGCAACCACUACAGCUUCCAGCCUGUCGGUAGCGACCCCCGCACUGGCACUGAGCCCCUGAGUGUUGAGGGAGGCGACUUCAAGACGCUGGAUCUGUAG